AUGACUACAAGCGAGGAUCACGUAAGAGAUGCAGAACUACAAUAUCUCGCCAAUCCUUUGAACGGCAGUCAUUUAUCAGAUGGAAUAGACGGCUCAAGUCAUGACAAUCGUCCACCUAUUCCUGGACCAAGUUGCGAAAUCUACACCUUCACCGACGAAGUCAUUGUGCCCUCAUCAGCACCAAAAUCUCACCCUUAUCUUCUCGUCAACAUCGGAUCAGGCGUAUCAUUCUUCCAGGUCUCAGAGAACAAUCAAUGUCAGCGAAUCUCGGGCUCCUCAUUCGGCGGCUCAGCGUUAUGUGGCUUACUCCUUCUUCUCACCAGAGCCCGCACAUAUGACGAUAUGCUUGAACAAGCUGAGAAGGGUAACAACGCCAAUGUCGAUAAGCUAAUUGGAGACAUUUAUGGAAUGGACUACAGCAGAAUUGGCAUGAAGAUGACAGCUGUUGCUUCAACAUUCUGCAAAGCCUUCAGCUUGGAGCAUCGACCUGAUGCUGAUAUUCAAGAGGCGGAAAAUCCCGUACGGGACAUCAAGUCCUUCUCAGAUGCAGAUAUCUGUCACUCCUUGGUUUUCGCGGUUUUUAACAAUAUCGGCCAACUGGCUACUUUGCAUAGUCGCAUUCAUGGUAACCCGGAUAUUUAUUUCACUGGCCCUUAUGUGCAGAACUGCCAGCUGCUCAUCAGAACUUUGUGCAUUGCAGUGCGCUAUUAUUCCCAAGGAGAGAAGAAGGCACAUGUUGUGGUCAACCAAGGCGACUCGGCUGCCUAG